AUUUAAGUAUAAAAGCCGGGACGCUCAAGAGUUUGUUAAGCAGUUUUCAGUAACGCAAAUCAAACAAAGUCAAAAUGAAAUUCUUAGCUGUCGCUUGUUUCUUACUUGUCGCCGUUGUCGCUAUCAGCGCUGACCAACAUGACUACGAUCAUGGUCAUCAUGAUAGUGGACAUGGACAUUAUGAACAUCAUGGCCAUGACAGUGGACACGCCAGCCACGGCACUCAACACGAUAGCCAUGGUCAAGGCAAUGAAGAAAGCCGUCAAUACGGCGGCCACCAUGGCCACCACGGCCACCACGGCCACCAGGGCCACCAUCAGGGUCACCACGAACAUUACCACGGUCAUCAUCAUCACAGCCAUUACUAUUAAACGUGCAAAGAUUAAUAAUUCG